GUUUGGGGGUGGCUUGCUCUACUGCUAUGCGCUCCGUGAGGCGUGAGUCGGGAGGAUGUGGCGGCGAUGGUGCUGCUCUCGGCGGGCGGCCUCUGCGUGGCCUCCGUGGGGAAGCAGAUGGGCCUCGUCCGGGAAGAAGAAGGAGGAGGCCCUCAUCUCGACGCCCAUCUUCUACGUCAACGGCCCGCCUCACAUCGGGCACCUCUACUCCGCGCUCCUGGCCGACGCCCUCCACCGGCACCGGAGGCUCCUCAGCGGAGGAAGCGGAGGGGCCCUGGCCACCGGAACUGAUGAACAUGGUUUGAAGAUCCAGUUGUCGGCUGCAGCAGCAGGCACUUCCCCUGAACGUUUCUGUGACUCCAUAUCAGCAGAGUUUCGGGAGCUCUUCAAACAGGCAGGCAUUUCCUACACUGAUUUCAUCCGCACCACUGAACCAAGGCACACGCGAGCUGUGGAGCAUUUCUGGACUACUCUACAGGAACGGGGCUGGCUGUACCAGGCUCAAUAUGAAGGCUGGUACUGUACACCCGAGGAAAGCUUUUUGGCUGCAUCUCAGGUCACUGAACGUCCUGACUCUCAAGGCAACCUGCACACAGUUUCACUGGAGAGUGGCCACCAGGUACAUUGGACCAAGGAGGAGAACUACAUGUUCAAACUGUCCAAGUUCCAAGAGCCGUUGCUGAAAUGGCUUCAGGAGAACAAGGCAGCCAUAACUCCCAAGCUCUUCUACCAGCAGGUUCUUCAGUGGCUGGAGCAGGACUUGCCCGACCUCUCCGUAUCCCGUGACAGAAACCGACUUCAGUGGGGCAUCCCUGUCCCUGGUGACUCAACACAAACCAUCUACGUCUGGGUGGAUGCACUUGUAAAUUAUCUAACUGUUGUUGGUUAUCCUGAUGCCCACCAUGCCAUAUGGCCUGCUGCCUACCACAUUGUGGGCAAAGAUAUCCUCAAGUUCCAUGCCAUCUAUUGGCCUGCUCUGCUGAUGGCAGCAGGGCUGGAGCCUCCAGAAAAGAUCUUAGUGCACUCCCAUUGGACUGUGCAAGGGCAGAAAAUGUCCAAGAGCCUGGGCAAUGUAGUGGACCCAGUGGCCUGCUUUCAGCAGUAUUCAGUGGAUGGUUUUAGAUACUUCCUGCUGAGACAGGGUGUCCCUGAACAUGACUGUGACUAUUAUGAUGAGAAAGCCAUCAACCUAGUCAAUUCAGAGCUGGCAGAUGCCUUGGGUGGGCUCCUUAACCGCUGCACAGCUCCCAGUCUGAACCCCAGUGGGACUUACCCAGGUUUUUCAGAAGUAAGUUUCCCUAGGGAAGCAUAUGCUCAAAAUGGGAGAGGAUCUGGCAGGGCCUUGGCAGAGGACUACAUGCUAGUGUCAUCAGUUAAAGACCUCCCUCUACAAGUCAACAACUCUUUUGAACGCUUCCAGAUCUACAAAGCUUUGGAAUCCAUCAUGGAUUGUGUGAGACAGACAAAUGGCUUCAUGCAGAGGCAUGCACCCUGGAAAUUGCAAUGUAAGGAUCCUGAGCAGGAACUUUGGCGCGACACCAUCCUCCACAUUGUUCUGGAAUGUCUUCGGGUUUAUGGGAUCCUCCUACAACCAGUGAUCCCAACUAUUGCUGAUAAACUCUUGUCAAGGUUGGGUGUUAGAUCCACAGAGAGGUCUUUCAAGAACCUGAAUUUUCUUUCUCGCUACCAUGGUGAAAAAUCUCCUUUUGAAGGGAGAAGACUUGGGCCUGAUUCUGGGCUCCUGUUUCCUAGGUUAGAGAAAGCCAAAAACAGAAGCUGUGGGGAUACUUAAAUAUUUUUUAUGGCAAUCAGACUGAGUAAAAUGUUUGAGGUGGCGAUGUGGGGACUUUUGUUCCCGAGAGCAUAUGUUUUAUGCUUUUUGAAGUAUAACAUUCAGCAGCUUAUCUUAUGCUGAAUUUUUGACAAAUGGGCACUGACACUUUGUGUGUCUGUGUCUGUGUGCACUUUUGCCAAUUUAAUUCACAUGAGUGCUCUGUAUAAACUAACUGUUCUAAAUGCUUGAACAGAAAGCCAUCCUGGAUGGUUGGAACACAUUCUUUAGUAGCCCCACUGAAUUUAAGAACUCCUGUUAAGGUAUGUCUCUUAAGACACUAUGAAAAAUCCUGCUCUGAGCUUGCUCUACAUUUUGAUGCCUUAGCUCCACAGAACAUAAGAAGAGCUGUGUUGGAUCAGACCUAAGGUCCUGCUAGUCUGCUAAGUUCCCAGAAUUGCCAUCCCGAUACCCACAAUCAAGACACAAGCACAAUAGCAUCAUGUUCCCUAGCAACUGGGAUGACUUGACCAUGUUGAAACACAUGAAUUCAUUUAUGAUUUUUCUUCUGUCUUUUUGCAGUUGUGGAGUUGGGCUGAUCCAAAAUAGAGAGGGAAAGCUAAAGCUACUUCCCUUUUGUUACAAGCUUGACAAAUAUAUUCUCCCAUGGUCUACAUAGCUGCUGUUGGACUUGAAAGGGAAGCUACCAAAAACGGCUUCCUUCACUAACCAAACACAUAGCGGGGGGGAGGUGUGGGAUUUUGUUGAUAAUGCUGCACAGAGUAAGGAACUGGGAAAACCUCUGCUCACUGAUUGCUAUGUAACAAAAACCAGGAAGUACAACAAAAUCCAUGUGCAUUCAUUCGUUUAUCAUCUCAUCCAGUUUAGCUGACAGAUUUGCCAAAAGGGGGGUUAAUUUGCCUAAGUGUGUCGGACUACUGUGAUCCAUUCACCAACCGAACUUGGGAAAGGUGGUUUUUUUAAUGUUUGUUUGUUUCCUAUAACUCCGAGAAAACUCCAGCCAGCAAAGAUAGUUAUAGCUGGAAGUGGAAGUAAAAACAAGUGUUUUUGUAAGUUCUACUUCUGAUGACCUGGUCAAGAUAGUGGUAUCUUCUUGCUUUUCUUUGUCUGGGUGUAUGUGGGGGGAUAUGAUAUCAUGGCUGAAAUCAAAAGGAGAGCAGAAGUGAAAUAGGAACAUGUGGUGAUUCUUUCUUUGCUGCAACAAGUAUAGAUGACCAGGUAAAAUGGCGGCCCUUUUCCUUAUUUUCUGUAUACAGGUAACUACAUCACAGGAUGCCAUAUAUACUUAGGCAAACGUCUUCAUUCUUGUGUUAAUAACUAGAUUGAACCUGUCUACUAAUAAGGAUCCCUUCACAUGGAUAAGGCUUAUAAAAGUUACUUUUUUUGGACUAUGACUCUCAGAAACCCACAGCUGGCAUCAGUCUGGUAGUCUAAAAAGAGUACAUUUUCAGUGGUCUGUCCAUAGGGCUAAGUGCCAAAGACUUCCUCAGGUUGCAGCAUAACCCAUAUAGAAUCUUAGAAUCGGUAGCUUUUUAGUUGGACAAUCAUCUGUAGAAAACAAGACUCUUGUAGCACAUUAGGAUCAUGCAGUUCUAACAUUUUCUCACAUACAUUUUCAUUAACUGUAAUCUCUCAGGUGAAUAUGUGAUAACUCAUGUUUGGAUUGCUUUUAUAUUAAAGGUCUUCCUCUGGUAUUUAAA